GUCGUUUUACCGACUUGGUCAACAUUUUUAAUUGGGCUUUUUUCUCCAUGAGCGAUUUCUAUGACGUUUAGCCUUUCGUAUUGGGCUUUGUUUCCGAUACAUUCGUUUUCCGUAUUUGAUUGACCGACCAUGGUUUUGCAUCGAAACCGUACACAAGUUCUUGUCUGUUGUCUCUCUACACGCAGGUGAAUUCGCUACAAGGAAGAACAGAAACAUAGGCAAGGACGGAGAAUAGAUGGAAACCCAAAAAAAUCAAGCUGAAACCCCACAGAAACCGGCGGCCAUGGCCUCAUGUAGAAAGAAGGUGAAGGAUGAUGCCACUUUCCUCGAGGACCUGAAGGAUCACAUCGACGAAUUCGUCUAUGCCUCCAUGGAUGAACACAAGACUUGUUUCCAGAAGACCAUCAAGAAGAUGUUUGGGUUAUCGAAGGCGGUUGCAGAAAGGCAGACAGAGGCUAAGGAGGAGAUCGAGAGUUACUUGCCACUUCAGACAACAGUUUCUAGUGAUUAGACAAUAGGUUUUGAAUAUUUAAUUUCAAUAAUGAUUCUAAAACCUAUGAAAAGGUGUAGCAUGUUUUAACCAUUCAUGUUAAUAACUUAAUAUUGAACAAUUCGAAUGGUUGCCAUUGUUUAUAUUUAUUCCUAAAUUCAUAUAAUGCCUUU